CUUGUGUCUGCGAAAUUCCUGUAAACAAACGAAAUUGAGAAAACAACAGUGGUGAAAGUUAAAACUUCAACUCAAAAUACUGCUUUGUGAGGAAAUGGCAGAAUUGUUAGGAGGGGAGGCUAUUCUAGAGAGUUUACGAACAGAUGUAUCGGACAUUCAAUGGGCCGUUAACGAAAUCCUCUCCAGGUCAGGCCCUGUGGGGGUUUCCUCCUGGAAGUUCCCUGACAAACGGAGUGCUGAUGUAAAUGUAGAGGAGCUAUUAGAUUUAUACACGUUUAGUGAUGACGCUGAGGAUGACCAAGUCGCUCACAUAGCCCUCUAUGAAUUGGUGAUUGACAGGUUUAUCUACCUGCUACAGGCUCUGUCUGCCUUGACACGGCAGAUGUUGCUUCGAGCAGGGGAGGAUAUGACUGACCAGGGGGCCUCGUCUAUUGGUCUCGUGAUCAAACAGUUCUGUAAUAGACAAGUUCAGCUCAACACCGUCGUCCAGCAAACCAUGUCUGAAAUAAAGACAAAAUCAAGGAAAAUAAUGGACUUGGAGAACAGCUUGAAAAAGAUGUCAGAAGAUUUGGGAAAACAGAGUGAGACAAGCUCCCAGAGUGGACCGCCUUAUCACUUCAGUCCACACAAAGUGGGAUCAGCCAUGACCGGAUUUGUGACACCUAGUAAGAUGGAGGAGAUUGCACGGGACGCCUGCAGCAAGUCGUGUCAGACAGUGGAAACAGCAUUUGUGCCGUGUGAGGGCUGCCAUGUGGUGCAGAAAAACUUCCGAAAUGCUGGAGAUGUUAUCAUAAACAUGUGUCAGUCUCAGAAACUGCCCUCCUCCUUACAGAAGUACCGUCCUCUUGUAUCAGAAGUCAAGUGGUUGUCAUCUAAUGAUGUCAUACGGUGGGCCUCCGAGCAGGCUAAAGAUCUAGGUCGCAUCAACAAACACAUGGAGAACUUGAUGGCGACCAUUAACCCUCUCAAAGAGGAGCUGGAGAACUGUGAGCAAAAGUGUAAAAAACUGGAGAGAAGAGUGGCUAAUUUUGAUGCCGAGAUGAGGAAAGAGAGAGACAUCCAGACAACACUACAGAGACAGUUUGAUGUCAAGUUAAAAGACAUUGAGGCGGAACAUUCGCAGACCGUGUCACUUGUGAAAAAACAGAUGGAGGAGAUGACAUGUAAUAAAGAAUCCGUGGAAAAACAGCUCAAAAAAUACAAAGUGGAUUUAGAAUCACAGCAGAGAUUGCUUACAGAAUUAGAGGACACAAAGAAAGCCUUGGUCGAUGAACUAAAAGUAAAACAUGUAGAUUCCUCAGAAAUUGAACAACUGCAACACCACCUGGACGGGGUUCAGAGUCGUCUACAGGAAGUAGAAGAUAAGCUUGAGCGAUCAGGAAAGGAGCUGUCUAAAGAGAAAGCCAGAAACAAGAGUGCGGCCAAACACAAUCAGAGUCUACAGACAAAGCAGGAUUCCUUGCUGAAGAGGAUAGACAACAUGGAUCAAGAAAAUGGAGAACUGAAGGAUCAAGUGUCAGAGCUUGAGGAAGAGAAGGAGAGGAUAGAGGAAACUCUGGAGAAAGCUCAGAAACAUGUUCAACAAUACAAACAAAAGCUCAAGGACAAUCAGGCUUUAGUUGAUGAGCUGAGUGUACAGAAAGAAGAGCUGCAGGGCUCCAUAGCGACCUUAAAAUCUGACAUACAGCAGCUGGAGAACAAACUGGAGGAAGCCACAGAGCGAGAGAAACUCCUGAUAGAGUAUCCGGAUCUCCACGGCCCCGUGAAUCCAGACAUGCAAGGUACUGGGGACAUUGUCAUAGACAUGGAGAAUCAGGUCAAAGCCAACUCAAUCCGGAUCCAAGUCCUGGAGGAGCAGAAUGAGACCCUGAGGAAUUCAGUCAGUAAAGUCUUCCACAUGCAGAAGGGCAGAAGUCCCCCCAAAGUGGCCUGGGAAAAAACUGGUCCAAUGCAUUUGUGGUCAGACGAAAACUUAGAGAAUGCUCGGGAAGAAGACAAACUUAUGAAGAAAGAUGUUUGGAUUCCAGACAGUUCCUUCCAAGAGAACAAAAACAACAGUUCCAAGUCAGAACCUGUGGAGAGACCAAGAACAAAAUCUUCCUAUGGAAAACCUCCUAAAUCCUCUGGAUCAACAAACAGGAAUCCUGUUUGUGAUGAGUUCAUUGUUGGGAAGGGAACUAGACCACCCAGUGCUGCUAAGAAGACGGACCGACCUGCAAGUGGCAAAAAAAUGGUGAUGGCUCCAGUCAAUACAACCAGUAUUAGUGCUUACAUCCAGCUAAAGAGAGCGGGAAAUCUCAACAUGGAGGACCACCCCAGAUCGGCUGUACCAUCCUCCGGACACGAGAGGAAAAGGUCUCCCCCAGAGAGACACCGUCUGGCAGCUGACCCUCCUAGACAACACAAUGUAGACAAUCACCUUUAUCAGAAGAAUGAAAUGUUUUCUUGUGCACAGUGUGACAAAAUGUACUCCAGAGCAAGAGAUUUAGAGAUACACAAAUCUUACUGUACAGGAUCAUAGUACAAAAUGAAGAAAUAUUGUAUCUCAGAGCAUGGGGCUGAAAGAUACACAAAUCUUACUGCACAAGAUACGCUUUCAAAUUAAUAUUACUGCACUGAAACAGGUUUGGAGAGAGACUUAGAACUUUCCAUAUCAAAAUAGAACAUCUGUUUAGCAUUUUAAUCUUAGAAAUUAAAUCAAUUUGUGAACUGUGAAUACAGUGGAGGUGAAAAGUUUUUUUCUUUUAUAAGAAAGGACUAAAGUCUACGAAUUCACAACAUGUCCAUCUGUUUGAUGUCUGUUUAUCUAUCUGAUAUCUGCGCGUCAAUCACAACAUGUCCAUCUGUUUGAUGUCUGUUUAUCUAUCUGAUAUCUGCGCGUCAAUCACAACAUGUCCAUCUGUUUGAUGUCUGUUUAUCUAUCUGAUAUCUGCGUGUCAAUCACAACAUGUCCAUCUGUUUGAUGUCUGUUUAUCUAUCUGAUAUCUGCGCGUCAAUCACAACAUGUCCAUCUGUUUGAUGUCUGUUUAUCUGAUAUCUGCACGUCAAUCACAACAUGUCCAUCUGUUUGAUGUCUGUUUAUCUAUCUGAUAUCUGCGCGUCAAUCUCGGUACAUCUAUUCGAUAUCUGUCUAUUCAUCAACAAUUUUUGUUGUGCUGUUACAUUUAGCUCAGUUGUUGGCGUAAUACCAAUGAUAUUAAUGAAGGCCAAUUUAAUUAAAAUUUGAUGUUAGAUUUGUUCACCAAUAACGGUACGGCUUACAUCUAAAGUGGAAAGUUUCAAAUCUGUGUUCAUUUACGUUUUAUAUCAAUAAAAUGUCACGGAUGGUAACACAAAUUAAAAAUAUGCCACAUGUAUGCACCAUUCUUAGCAGUGUUUGAAUGGCACAUGAAAAUUGAGUUACUUGUUGAAAGUGCAGUUCAGACACAAGUUAUUUUUUACCAGUCAAAUGUGUGUAGCAUGUAGCAGAUCAACUUUUAAAAGAAAACAUUUCAUAAUUAAAAGAAAACCUUUCAUAAGUAAAAGACACCUUUCAUUAUUAAAUGAAAUCUUUCCUAAUUAAAAGAAAACUUUUCAUAAUUAUCAGCAACUAUAACAGAACAUAUCCUCUUAAAAUAAUGGGCCUAGCACUCAAAACUUAAUCCCAUAAAGCAUACAUGUACUUUCAGUCUUUCAUAACACCUCAGGUUGUUAAGUUGGAUGAUGGAUAAGCUUGAAUUUCUGAAUAACCAGUACGAUUUCUACAGGAGGAAAUUUAUUGACCGACAAAAAGGUGGCUCUGACAUGACCCUAAACAGAAUGUUGUUAGAUCCAUGUGUAGGGAACUGUGUGAAUCAAAUUUUAUUCAAAUUGCCUGAUGGUAAAACAUGGUUUCAAUAAUUUUCUGAAAUUGACUUUUCACUUAGAAAUUAGCCUUUUUGUAUUUGAAUAAGUAAUGUCAAGCUUUAAAGACUAAAAUUUUUAUAAGAGAGCAAAACAUUUAAUUGCCAUGUUAUGAACAGUAAAGGUGUAAUUUGUUGCUUUCAUCUUUUGAUGCAGUUCUGUUUGUGUGUGUCAGAUGUUUUUAUUUUAGUGGAAACACAUACAAACAACUUCUAGAGUGUGCAGAGGUUUGUUGUAAUAAUGCACAGAUUGCAGUAUACACACAGUGUACACACAUUAUACACCCAGUAUACACACAUUGUACACACAGCGUAGAGAAGCUAGUCGUUACAGAACUUUUGUGUUUGGUACUGUUGUUGGUGUGAAUUUUAGUGAAUGUCGACAUGCUAAAUUUCAGUAGACUAUCGUUAUCUCGGAUAUUCUCCCCAUUUUCACGUCGAUUACAGGUUAUCCAUCUGCUUGUCAGUUAAAAGAACAAUCACAUAGAGUUACAUAACAUGUGUAAUUAAAUGUCUACAGAGAGAAAAUUAUAAAAGCCUACACACCAGUGUUAGAUUUCAAAUGUGAUGCAUAUUUAUUUCAGUUAUGUAAAUAAUGUUUUGCAAUCUUCGUUUUCCGUCCCAAUUUCCUUUCUUAUUUUCUUACCUAGUUGUAAUUAAUAGAACUAUAUGUUAGUAUUUUGUAUGUUGAUAUGUAUGUAUUGUAACACUUUGGACAUAAUAUUAUAUAUCUUAUCUAUAUUUAAGGUGCUCAAUAUGUGGAAUAAAUAAUGUAAAAUAU